AGUUGCGUUCCCUGCCCUAGAUCAGGUUGAAGGAGCCGCGCUCGGACCGUGGGAGCUAUCAUCCUCGAAAUGCCCGGUGUUGUCUUCCUAAUCGUCGUGCCGACAGCGAACUUUGAGCGCGAGCUGAUUUACGGCACUUCAAAUAAUGUUUUGACUGAGCCGCAGAGUGGCCCGGCGGGCGGCGUGACUGGCCCUGGUUCUGGCCAUGGCCGCCAUCCAAUGGCCAGUGGUAAUAAUAAUCUGAACAUCAAUCUUCCGGAAAAUAACAACGCAAUACUCCGACUCGAAGUUGAGUUACGUGACAAGAAUGUGCCCAAGUAUCGGCGCGGUGGCGGCGUGGGCGGCAUGGCCGGCGCUGGGCGUGGCGCCAGUCCAGGACGUGGCGGUGCAGCAGCUGCCAAGAGAGUCGCGCCAGGUGGGCCAGGUGGUGGCGCUGCGAGUGGCACGCCCGCUGUGCCACUGGACAGACGUAAUUUAGUGGUGCCGCUCGAAAAGGUACUCGAGGAGCUGCUUGUGAAGCUCGAAAUUGAGCACGUUACUUGGACGACGAGCAAAAAAGGCUACUUCCAUCACGUCGUCUUUCCGCUGCAGGCCGGCGACGCCUGCGAGACGACGCUCCACUGUCUGACGGAGCUGGGCAUUGGCACCAAAUUGAAUUCCAGUGUCAGCGUCCUGCCGUGCAGCGUUAGCUACGAUGCCAUCACAGAUGCCUCCAACCUGCGCGACGAUUACAGCGAUGAUGCCGAGGAAACCUCCAAGUGGAACAACUUUGUGGAAUCGAUUAAGUCCAAGCUGACCGUGAAACAGGUCGUGGAUGGCGUGCGAGCUGGCGGCUCCCUCUCCUUUGACUACUUGCUGCUAAUUGUAACCGCCGACUCCUUGGCCGCCCUGGGUCUGGUCGAGAAUAAUUCACCGAAUAUUGUUGCGGCCAUGUUGGUAUCCCCGCUUAUGGGUCCCGUUAUGUCAAUUACAUUUGGCGCAAUUAUCUCGGACAGAGAGCUAAUGCGCGUUGGCUUUAUUAGUUUAAGCCUGGGCAUGUUCAUCUCAUGUGUCUUUGGCUUCUGCUUCGGCCUGAUUCUGGGCACCACCGAAAUGCCUUGGGGCCAGAAUAUGGACUGGCCCACCGAGGAGAUGCGCGGCAGGGGCAAUGUGCGCGCUUUGUGGAUGGGCGUGCUCUGGGCUCUAACAUCUGGCACUGGGGUGGCCGUCGCCCUGCUCCAGGGUUCUGCGGGGCCGCUGAUUGGCGUUGCCAUAUCAGCCUCAUUGCUGCCCCCCGUUGUUAACUGCGGUUUAUUCUGGUCGCAGGCCUGCAUCUGGCUCAUCUAUCCGGAGAAGCGCAUACCGCACUUGAAAAACGAGCCAAUGAAUAGCACCAGCGCGUAUCCGUUCCUUUAUACGGACUACCUGCCCACCGAGUUCCUCAUCAAUGGCAUUGUGUCCGCCUGUUUGACGGUAGUGAAUGUGAUUUGCAUAUUUAUAACGGCCAUAAUAGUGCUGAAAAUCAAGGAAGUUUCGGCGCCAUACACGGCCAGCCCGGACCUAAAGCGCUUUUGGGAAACAGAUCUUCGGACCGUGCGCAGGACGAACCGCUCUACGAUGCGCCAUCGACAGGGCACGCUGCGGGGCGCUGGCGGCGGAGCUGACAAGCUGAUGGGCGGCAACUAUCAGGGUCUGGACGAGGCACGUAGUGCCAAAAUGGACUCAGCCCUGGAGCGAGCGCUGGCACAGGCCGAAAGCGAUGCCACCUUCAAGAAAGUGAAACGGAUGAGCUACUCGAGCAACGCGGCGGGUGAACUAACUGAACGCUUGGCCAAAAUAGCCGGACUAAAUAAGCGCCAUGUGGACGAUUCGCUGCACACGAACCCAAGCAGCCUGGCCGGCAGUCGCAUGAACUCCAUACGCAACUCCCAGCUGAAGGUCGAUCUGAAGGUGCUGGACAAGCUGGUGACCAACCUACUGCAGCAGCAUGCGGCUGGCGCUGGCCGCGAGACGAGCUCCAGUGGCAACUUGGAGGCGGGCAGCCGCACGCCGCCCGCCCAGCGCUCGCCUUCCAAGAAGUUCAACCGCUGGCGUCCGCUGUCGCGGUCGGUGCACAGCUUCAAGCGCGGCGACAACCGAGACUAUGCUGGUGGCAACUUCACCCAGCUGCAGGAGCGCAGCGAAGCACAGGCGCCGCUGGCCCACAACAUGCCCACGAUCAUGGAGAGCAGCGCGGGCAGCCCGACGCCCACGUCCACGCCCAACAACAACGCCCAGCCGCAGGCCCAGAGCCCGUGGACGGCCUCGCUGGAGCGCACGCCGGGCGCCGUUCGCAAUAUGCUGCACAACAUCAGCCAGGCUCGCAACAGCGGCGUCCAGGAGGAUCAGCUCAAUCUGACACAGAACUAUGUGGGCUAACCGAAGAGAUCUAG